AUGGCAUCGGAGGACGAGUCGUCGUCAGCCUUCGUGUCAGAGUCUGAGGAGGAGAAGGCAGUUCUGCUGGCUAAGGGCGGCGCGGCAGCAGGAGAGGCAAUCGAGGAAGCUUCGGAGGCGGAGGCGACGGAAACGGCAGAAGAGGACACGGAAGCGGAAGAGACGGCGGAGGAGGAUAACGACGAGGACGACGACGACGAUGAGAAGGACGAGGAGGGCGGUGCGGCGGAGGCGGAGGAGGAGGUGGUGAUGCUACUGUGCGUGCUGAGUCUCGACGACGGCGACGUGCUGCGAAAGCGGAAGAUCUGGCGCCGCAUCACCGUGCCGGCCGACUUCUCGUUGCUCGAGCUGCACGUCGCGCUGCAAAACGCGUUCGACUGGGAGGACACGCACCUCCACGACUUCACCCAGCCGCGCCGCCACGCGUGGCGCCGCCUGCUCGACCCGGCCGCCGCGCUCGCGGACGAAAUUACCGACUCGGAGGCCGAAACCGACGGCGCUACAGCCAAACCCAAGCCCGCUACAGCCGCCGCCGCUACAGCCGGCAUCAUUGCCCCUGCUACAUCCGAGGCCGUUCUCCCGCCGCUCCCCGACACGCAGUACCGGGGGUUUGGCCGGACGGAUCUUUCGGCUGUAGCGGAGCUGCUACAGCUGGAUUUGGAUUCUCUGCCGCCCGGUUUCACGCGCACGUUCAAGACUGUAGCAGGGGCGAAGGAGGAGGCGGCGGACGAUUUGAUUCUGACGCCGGCCAGUUUGGAUCUGGGCGGCAGUGCUGAGGUGGUGUUUGUGGAGCAUGCUGACGUGGCAGCGGCGGGAGAAGGGAAGGAGGUGUCGGUGCUGACUGGGCCCGGCGAGGUGUUGGACGAGAGGGCGUUUGAAGUGGGGGCGGUGUUUUCCAAGAACGAUCCGCUGCUGGUCUACCAGUACGACUUUGGGAUGAGCUACGAGGUGCACCUCAUUUUCGAGGGUAAAUUCCCCGCCACCGAGGGGGUGAAUUACCCGACGUGUCUGGCGGGCGCGGGCGCGAGUCCUGCAGAGGACGGCAACGACAUGGAUGAUGAGGGCGCACUGCUGCCCUCAUAUGACUACACCGACUUUGCUGUUCUUGAUGUUCUUGCAAACUUUGAGAAGUCCUUUGAGGACGCCUGGCCAGUGGGGCCAGGCUCGGAAGACAGCAUCGACGCUCCCCGAUGCUACAUGUGCAGGUACAACCGUGAGUGUGGGCGGCGUCGCGAGUGCACGGGCAAGUGCUGCGGGUACUGCCUCAAGGCGCCGCUGCACCUGCUUGCCGGCUCCAUCCCGCUGCGCGAUGCCGAUGCUGCAUAUGAGGGCGCUGUUCAGAAGCUGCAGCAGCAGCAGAGCAAGGCCGCUGAGAGUGCCGAGGCCUAG